AUGUGUACACUUAUAGAAAAUCCAUCAACUAGUCGUAAGUUCGAAUCAACAAUACAAUCAUCAUUUUAUCCUACAACUAACGUUCGACGCAAAUGGUGGAAAGAAUCGAUAGCAUAUCAAAUUUAUCCACGAUCAUUUCAAGAUUCUAAUGGAGAUGGAAUAGGUGAUAUACGAGGCAUUAUUCAACGACUUGAUCAUAUCAAAGAUCUUGGAGCUGAUCUUAUUUGGGUUUGUCCAAUUUUUAAAAGUCCAAACGAUGAUAAUGGAUAUGAUAUAUCUGAUUUUCAAGACAUCAUGGAUGUAUUUGGUACAAUGGAAGAUGUUGAUGAACUUAUAAAACAAGUUCACAAUAGAAAUAUGCGUAUUAUUUUUGAUCUUGUUUUAAAUCAUACAAGCGAUGAGCACCCAUGGUUCAUUGAGUCUCGAUCAUCACAUACAAAUCCAAAACGUGAUUGGUACAUAUGGAGAGAUGGUAAACCUGGUGGUCUUCGUCCAAAUAAUUGGGAAAGUAUUUUUAAUGGUUCAGCUUGGGAAUAUGAUAAAGAAACAGAUCAAUAUUAUUUACAUUUAUUUUCUCGUAAAAUGCCUGAUGUUAAUUGGGAAUGUCCAGGAUUACGUCAAGAAUUCUAUAAAAUAGCACUUUGGUGGCUUGAUCGAGGUAUUGAUGGUUUUCGUAUUGAUGCGGUAUCACAUAUAAAAAAGAAACCAGGUUUACCUGAUUUACCAAAUCCAAAACAACUUGAAUUUGUUUCAUCAUUUGAUUAUCAUAUGAAUGUUGAAGGUAUUGAAGAGUUUUUAACUGAAUUUAAGCGUGAAACAUAUGGUGGUCGUGAUGUUGUUACUGUUGGCGAAGCAAAUGGUGUUGAUGCUGAUCAAGCUGUUGAUUGGGUUGAUGAAAAAGAUGGAAAAUUUAAUAUGAUCUUUCAAUUUGAAGUAACAAAUUUAUGGGAUAAAACAUUGAGUACCCUUAAUGUUUUGCCAGUAAAACGUAUUUUGACAAGAUGGCAGAAGAGUUUAGAAAAAACUGGUUGGAACGCAGUAUUUCUUGAAAAUCAUGAUAAACCACGUAUUGUAUCAACAUGGGGUAAUGAUAAAGAACAUUGGAGGGAUUGUGCUACUUCAUUUGCAACUGUUUAUAUGCUCAUGAUGGGAACACCAUUUAUCUAUGAAGGUCAAGAAAUUGGUAUGACAAAUGUACGUUUUCCAUCUAUUAGUGAUUAUCCUGAUGUAGCUGCAAGAAAUUUUUAUAACCUUGAAUUAGCUAAAGGUAUUGAUCAUAAUGAACUUAUGGAAAUGAUCUAUAUGACAGGUCGUGAUAAUGCUCGUACACCAAUGCAAUGGGAUGAUUCAUUAAAUGCUGGUUUCAGUACAGCACAACAAGCAUGGAUUGGUAUUAAUCCGAAUUAUGUACAUAUUAAUGUAGCACAACAAGAAAAAGAUGAACAUUCUAUAUUGAAUUUCUAUAAACGUCUUACACGUUUAAGAAAAGAAAAUGAUAUUUUUAUAUAUGGAAUAUAUGAUUUAAUAUUAUCAAAUCAUAAACAAAUCUAUGGUUAUACACGUACAUCAGAUACUAAGCGAGCCUAUGUUUUAACAAAUUUAACAGAUCGUGUAGCACAAUUUACUUUAUAUCAAGGUUUAUCAUCAUCACAACUUGUUUUAACAAAUUUACUUGAACCCAUACCUGAACAUAAGAACGAAAAAUCAUUUAAAUUUCAUCCCUAUGAAAUUCGUGUGUAUAUAAUCGAUUAUAAAAAGAAAGAAUUACACCAUCUUCAAAAAGAGAAACAUGCUAUUGAUCAAUCUAAAAAUAUACAAUCAACACUGUCUACUGAGACAAAAAGAAAAGAUGAUACGAGUGAAUCAUUAACAAAAAGACAAACGGUUGCUUUACAAAAACUUGAACAAAUGUCUCAUAAUCUAUUGCUUCAAUCAGAACAAAAUCAAAAUGAUAUUAUAUCAGCAUUAACAGAAGCAACAGCAAAAGCUUUAUCUGAAAUAGAAACAUCAAAACAACAAACGAAACAUAAAUCAACUUCAGUAGAAAUUGAUCAAGAAAACGUCGUACCAGCAGAUAGCUCAGAAAUUGAUCUUGAAAAUGAACCAAUAUAUAAGAAACGAGAACGACAACGAUCACUUGUGCUUCAUCUUGAAAAUGCAAUACCUGUUGUACAAAAUGAUCCAAGUUCUUCUGAUCAACGUCGUCGAUCAUUUUCUACUGUAAUAUCUCGAAUAUCAAGAAAACCAAGUUUUAUAGGUCAUCAUACUGAUAGCUCGGAUGAAGAAAAUGAUAAUGAAAAAACAACAAAAUUAACAAAUGAAAUCGAAGAUGAAUCAACUGAUCUAAGUGGAAAAGAUAUUGAUUAUUCUGUUUUAUAUGAUGAUACAAUUGAAGAUUAUAGUUUUACAAGUGCACGUAAACAAGCUCAAAAACAAACUUCACCUUAUCAACAAGAAGAGAUGUUACAACAACCAAAAGAACAGAAAUAA